CCCUAAAUAAAUCUCUAACGAGUGAUCGGGGCAGACAGUUUGACUUAAAUUCGCGGAUUAGGCCAUUUAGGGGUGGACGGGUGAAGGGAAAGGUAAUGUUUGUACAUGUAACUAUGUAAGUAUGUAACUUUGUAAGCCAAAAAUUUAAUCCCACCUCUGUGGAAAAAUACAAAUUUCUAAGUUGUAACUUUCUCUCUGCAAAGUGCAAACUCGCCGCUUUGAUAAAUCGUAGAGAAGGAAAAACUGAAAAAGCGAAUGGGAAAAGAGAGUGAAUUGUGGGAUGAUUCUGCUCUAAUUAAUGCUUUCGAUGAAGCCAUUUCCAAGUACAAGAAAAUGCACAAAAAAGGGUACAAGGAAAAUCCGAAUACUUCUUCUGCAGAUAUCAAAUGCAGCAGUUCUGAUGCUCCCUCUGUAGUUGAUGCUACUAAAAAACAUAACAGUAAUCCAGAAAAACUUGAUGAGGGGAAUGUUAAUGGCCAACUUGCUACACCAGAAGUGGAAGAGACUGAAAGUCUGGAAACAGCUAAAGGAAAUGGAAAUGCAGAUUCAAAAGAUCCUGAAGAACAUGCACUUGGGUCCAGUAGUUUGCCCCUGCAGGAUCAGUCUCAAAAUCAUUCUACCUCCCUAGACAUGGAUGAAUACAAUCAACUAUAUAAACAGUAUUAUGAAGUUGAGGAACAAAGGCAAAAUAUUCUACAGAAACUGCAGAACUUCAAUAAUUAUUAUUCUUAUCCUAGUGAAGUGCCUGUUUCUGGCUUGGAGUGGGGCGCCAAUUCUGUUACCCAAGAAUAUCAAUCCUCUGCAAGUCAAGUGCCUUGUGGGACAAUGGUUGUUUCUUGCUGCCCAUAUGCUGGUCAAUGCAACAUGGCUUCUUGCUCUUCAGUUCCCUGCCCUUUGGCUGGUGUUUCCACUAGUACUCUUUGUGUCAAUUCUCCGGCAAUAGAAGAUAAGGGAAAGCAUUCGACAGUUGAAGAUGCUGAUAUUGUUAAGAUGGCAAUGGGAGCUGCUGAAAGAGCAAUGUCCACAUUGACGAAUGGAACUUCUGACUCAAAAGAGAACAAAAUCAACAUUGGAGCAGAACAAAGUGCUGCCCCUGGAACUGAUCUAAGCACAGUCCUGAAUGCGUGGUAUUCUGCAGGGUUUUACACUGGAAAGUAUUUAACAGAACAGUCUCUAGCUAAGAAGCAGCAUGAUUAGAUGUUAUUUGCAUUCUCGUUGCAGCAAGCUGUGUCGUCCAGUAUGAUUUAAACUUGAAAACAUUUCAUCUAUAGUGAAUCAUUCAAGUAGGCAGCCAACAAAGUGGAAUUUCCUUUGUUUACUUCCAAUUCCUCAAUGAUGAAUGUGCCAUUAAGCUAAUAAGCUUCUCCAAGCUUCAAUAUUUUUAUUUCUAGCUGUGUUACUUUGUUGCCUUCCGUAAUCGGAUUUCCUAUGAACUCGUGGUCUGUAAGCUUCUUACUUGGUUGAAUGAAAAUGACUGGCAAUUUCCAAGUUUAUUAGGGUUUUUGGAUGUGUAUACAAUUUAUGAACAGAAUUUGAAGGGGCGUCUUCGUGUUUGACAUACAUAUCAGAAAGCAUAAUACAAACACAAGCACUUGAAUAUAA